ACAGCUAGCAAGACAACAAUGCAGUGUUGAAGUUUACACUGCAGUUGGAAGAGCUAGAGCUAGAGGAAUCGACGUUGAGACCAGUUGAUGGGAACAAACUGAGGACAUUUAUCUACUGGGACUAUACCAAAAAUCAUCGACUUGGGCCAUUAUCUAGAGAGGAUCUAAUAUUUUGGGGUGGUUUGCUGCUUACAAAAGGAAAAUCGAGGAUGUCCACCAUGAUAGGGAUUAUGGUGGCAGUUUGCUGUCUUUUUACGACAGUUCACAGUAUUGGAGUUGACCCAUCCCUGGAGGUAGACUUGAUUCAAGGAGUUUAUAUGAGUGCUGUAGAUUCACCGGACGUUACGCAAGUUGCAGGGCACCCACAUAGCUAUGGACCAGCUUUUAAUUUUGAAGGGGAAUCUAGGACCAUUGAAGCCAAUGAGGAGACAUAUCAGAAGUUGAAGAAUCUGCUGUCAGGGAGGGUUCCUGAAUUCACCGUUAUCGCUACGGUGAAUCAGAAGAAGAGAAACAGUGGCAGUAUCAUGUCCAUUACUGUGGGCAGAAUACGGUACAUGGAAAUCUUUGCCAGCACGAGGAACCAUGAAUUCCGUCUGUACUACACGCACAACGGUCAGGUCCUGACCGAGUCCAUCCCGUACCCAUUCAAAGCUGAGACCUGGUACAAGCUUGCCGUUACCGUCAGUGGAUCUCAACUCAAACUAUCCGUAGAUUGCCAGGAGAAUACCACUAGACAAAUCAGAUUACCAGAUUUAGAUUUUGAUAAACCAGGAUUAAAGGUUUACGUUGGACAGAGAUCGGAUAGAACAUACUUCAAGGGCAUAUUACAAGACGUGAAGCUGAUAGCCUCUGCUCAAGGCUUUGUUGCUCAAUGUCCUUACAUGGGUAGAUCCUGCCCUACAUGUGCUGAAUAUCACACAAUGGUUGAGACUAUAACAAGACUAGAUAACCUGCUACAUCAGAUGGAACUCAAGUUUCAAGUUGCUGAGGCACGGAUUGACGAGUUAGAAUCGUGUUCAUGUGUGAAAGGAUGUCAAGUUAAUGGUGAACACAUGGAACAUAGCGCACAAUGGACCGAAGAUUGCUUGGAUUGCACUUGUGAGUCGGGUCAUGUGAGUUGUAACCCAGUAGCUUGUGCACCCGUCUACUGUAAGAAUCCUAUCUACCAACCUGGCAACUGCUGCCCAAUUUGUAAAGCUAACUGCACAGUAUCUGGAGUGACGUAUCACCAUGGCGACGUGUUCCAACAGAAGACUUCUAGAGGUGCUCUACAGAUUUGCAGCGUAAAAGAAUGCAAUAAUGGUGGAACAGUGACCCAGAGACAGGACAGUGUAAGUAACAUGUGUCCUACACCCUCCUGCGCUGUAUCAGAGAGGUUCACCGUACCGGGUAGCUGCUGUGAAUACUGUCAAGGCACUGACUACUGUGCCCAGGGUCACAGCUGUGUGUCUCCCAAGGUAUGUGUGAACACGCCUACAUCCAGCGAAUGCCUGUGUCCGACGGGUUACCUGGAGGCUAAUGGGAACUGCACCGAUAUCAACGAAUGCGUGGUGAGUGAGACGCAGCCUGAUCCACACUGCUACGAAGGUACUCUGUGUGUGAACACACCGGGAGGUUACCAGUGUGGAUGCAAGCCAGGAUACGAGACGGUCACAGACACACAAUGCAGACAGAUUGAUGAAUGCACUGCUGGAACAGACAACUGUGAUGAGAAUGCUGACUGCACAGAUACUGAUGGUAGCUUCACCUGUACAUGCCAGCAUAGAUAUCAUGGAGAUGGGACAUACUGCUUCCCGGUUUGCAGCAAGGUUUGUCAGAAUGGUGGAGUGUGUAUCAGACCAUCGGUGUGUGAAUGCCCCCCGGGCUAUGAAGGAGAUGCGUGUGAAAUGGAUAAGGAUGAAUGCACGAAUGGAGAGAGUCAAUGUACUGGUCAAUCUCACUGUGUCAAUCUCCCAGGAAGCUAUCACUGUGAUUGUGAUUCAGGAUACUACAGCCAAACAGCUCAUGUCGACUAUGGUGCUUCAUGCACAGAUAUUGAUGAAUGUGAGACAUCAAAUACAUGUGACAAGAGUCGUCUAUGUAUCAACGACGAGGGUUCGUACGAGUGCCGAUGCUCAGCUGCUAGUAGCUGCUCUACAGCCUGUCGUACUGAUUGGGGCAAGAAGGGCAACGGAGCUACAUGGGACACGCACUUGUGUCAGACCUGUACCUGCCAGGUUGGUGUCGUGACCUGUACCCCUCAGGUUUGUGAUUGCACUGACCCCGAGAUUGAUCCAGUCUGCUGUCCAAUGUGUGUAGCGGAGAUUCAGCAGUGUCUGCAUCAAUCAUCAGCUAUCACAUAUAACCAUCGGGAAUGGUGGAACCACGACUGCAAAGAUUGCCAGUGCUUGGAAGGGAGCAUCAAAUGUAAGCCUGUACAAUGUGAGGCGCUGAACUGUCCUAGCGUCUACACUCCUGUGGAUGAAUGCUGCCCUCGAUGUCAACCACACAAUGAAUGUGACCUUAUGACCCCUGGGCCAAAGGUCAGCUCUCCUUCCACGUGCAUCACUGAUUUAGGAGUGGUGUAUUCUCAUAAGGAAAGAUGGUUUUUAGAUGAGGAUCAGUGUACAGAGUGCGUGUGUCAGAAUGGAAACAUUUGCUGUGCUUACAACAGUGCCUGUGCCCCCUGAUUAUCUAACAUGCGGGACUGAGGACCAUCUCGUGGACCAUCUCAAUGAUGUAUAUGUGGGACCGAAGGAACAAAAACUUAUAUUGGACAAGGGUUGAGUCAUGCUGGAUGGCAGCUACGAUUAGAAUUGUAAAUAAUACAAAGAGCUAUAAGAUGUAUGCAUAACCAUGUCAGUCAUGCAUAGCAGAUUUAUAACAUUCAUUUAUCCAAACAUAUGCAUCUGUUUAUAUCGACAUUGGUGAUUUCAUAUUUGUAUUUUGAAAGUGAACAUAGUAUCUUCCAUAUUAUAUAACUGUUCCAGUAGUGAGGUUUUGUGUACUACUGUAUUAUGCAAACAGAUCAUUUUUAGCCAAUUUGUGCUGCUUUAAAGUUUUAUUUUGAAUUUUAUGAUUUCAGUUGUAUAUAUAGUCUUGCCAGUAUAUACCUCAUUCAUGGUCUGAAAUUUUGUAUUUUAUUUAUUCUUAACCAACUCAUACAAAAAAAGAGCUUCAAUAGAGAGAGAGAGA